AUGCGCGUAGCCGUGAUCGGCGCCGGCUUUUCGGGACUUGCAUUUGCGCGCGCCGUUCAGCAGGCCAAUCUUUGCAAUGUUGUCGUCUUUGAGCAGACCGAGGCGCUCGACAAUCCUCAGGUGUCGGGAGACAUCCGAGUGCCAGCCGCGGAGGCCGUGCUCAACGAGCUAGGGCUCGCAGGCCAGGCUACGAGGCUGCGAGGGCACGGCGGUCGCGGCGGCGCGGCUUCCAGAAGCAGCAGUGGGGACGACGACGGUGCCCGAUAUCCGCAGCAAGGCUUGCAGAUGCUGCUGGCUCGAAGUCUGAGGCCGGGGACGCUACGACUGUCGUGCUCGGUCGAGCGGCUCGAGCGCUCGUCGAGCGGCGCCAUCCGUCUCAGCUUCUGUGCUCGAGGCAAGAGCGAGGCCCUCUUGUUUGACCUCUGCGUCUGCGCCCACGGGCAGCUCCAGACGGUCGCGUUGGAGGCUGGCUCCCCGAGCGCUGCAGUGGCGGUGAUUGGCGACGCGCGCUGGGUGAGGCGGCGGAGGUGGGACCUCGGCACAGCCCGCCGCGCCGGGGGAGCAAACACGGCGCUCCUGGACGCCGUCGACCUCGCCCGUCUCGUGCAUCGCGCUGCACGCAUCGGGCAGCGUCCAGACCUCGGCCGCUACGCCGCGGCGGCGGGGAGAAGCUGGCGGUGCCCGGGACGGGCGGCGGCAGCCCUCACGCCGCUGGUGGCCGCGGCGUUGUUGGCCGUUGCAGAUUGGUGCCAUCUCAUUCCUACACGGACACGUAGCGGCUAG